GCACAUUCCCUCUCCCCCGGAAAGGGCAAGAAAAGAAGGCACUGUGAUCCUUCUGUCAUCCAGUCAUAUCUUCCUGUUAAGAUGACCAUCUCUCUUCAGCUCCUUUGAGUCAUCCAGACAGAGCAGCCGAUGAUGCGUCGCCAGGCUGGCAGAUCUGUCGUUCGCAUCCCGCUGGCUCGGCUGGCCCUCCCCCAGUGCGGCCGCCAGCUGCACACAUCAGCAUGUCGCCUGCAGGAAGAGGACUCAUGGGGUCAGUCUGUCAGAGGAGAGAGAGCCAACCACACACACAAAACACACAGCCACUUAUCAACACCAGCAGCAGUGUGUUGCACUGCACUGGUCUCUGUGUGUCUGUGUGUUGCACUGCGCUGCAUUGCAGAGAAUCCCAAGUGGAAGAAGCGCCAGACGUACUUCGACCUGAAGAACUUCCGCAAGAACCUGGUGCGGCAGAAGCAGUUUGAGGAGUUCAACGAGGAGGCGCACCUCAAGAAGGCCUACGCAAAACCGCCGCCGGGUGUGGUGCGCACUGCACUCGUGCUCUUCCUUGUUCGUGUGUCUGUCUGUGUGUGGAUUGUGGGUGUAAGGUAAUCGUGUGUGUGUGUCAGAUGGUUGGGGCGUGUUGGAGUUCCUGCAGGCCAUUCCGAUCGAGGAGAAUGCCGAGGAGAUCGCCGCUGCCUUCCCGACCUGGAAUGACUUCAUCGGUGCCCACUGGGAGGUAAGCCGGACCGGUCGGUCGAUCAGCCACACUCACGCAGACAGACACUCAGACGUAUACGGCCGCAUUUGUGUGUGUGUGUGUGUGUAUGCUGGCUGCCAUUCACUCACUGCUCAGGAGCUGUACAAGAUCGAGGUGCUGACCCCUCACCAGAGGCGCGCCAUAUGGAAGAAGAUAAAGUGAGCAAACCAACUCAACCAUCAGCCACCACGUCUGGUGUGUGUGACAAUGAUAUGAGGGAUGUGGUCGGUGUGUCAGCCUGUACAACCAUGGCCUGUGGCCGCCAACUGCCGACAAGACCGAAUACUUCGAGCGAUUCAAGGUGCCUCACACGCUGGUGUUGAUCCAAAUCGCAUUCUCUCUCUGAUUCGUGUGUUGUCACCCAGGGCAAGCCAUUGGCGAAUGCCGGCAAGGAGUGGACGGAAUCGGAUGACGCCAAGCUGCUGGAACUGGCAGAGUACUAUGACGUCAACUUUGGCGGUGAGCUGGGGGAGAGAUGAGACGACACAACGCACACACACACGGACAGCAAGACACAGACAAUUCAGAGCUGGUGGUUGGCUGGGUGUAUGUUUGUGUCGUCAGAUCCGUGGCUGUACAUCUCUUGGGACAUGCAGCGGACGGCCGACGAGGUGCGCGACAGAUACGUCGACAUCGCCGUCAUUUCCAAAGUCAGUCAGUGAGCUGUCCUGCCCUCCCUUCCACACACUCAUAUUUCCUCCAUCCAUCCAUCCAGCUGUCUGUGCCCUCCUCUGUCUGUCUGUGUGUGUCGAUCAGAACCGCAGCCGUGAGUGCGAGCUGGCCAUCACCAAGUCGUCCCGGCCGCUGCUCAUGACGCGUUACUUCAAGAUGGACCCCCCCUUCCUCUACAUCGUCCCCUCAGAGGACAACUUCCCUCUGGCGCCGAUGAACUUCUCCCUCAGCGCCAAGCUUGUCAAGUACCGACGGGCUGAGUGCUUCGCGCCACAUGGCCGGAGGGAGAGGGAGAGGGAGGGUGUGAGCGAGUUUGACAUAGGGGGGAAGCGACGAGAGGUGAUGGCUGACAAGGAGGAGGGGGCGGGGGGUGAGGGGAAGACACUGGCAGAGAUGCAGACUUAGCUGGCGCUGGUUUGAGUGCAUGGGAAGGGCUGGGCUGGCUGACACUUGACGGGUGCGGU